AGAUUUUGCAAAACAUGUGCUCCGUUUGCACAAUUUUUUGUCACCCCAUCUUUUGUGACGUCAUUGGCGCCUCGGGUGGUUUGCAUUGGUUUCCCAUUCUAUUCUACGCAACCCUCUUUAAAAAUACUAAUGCAACCAAAAGAUAUGUAGUUACGUGAACUGAAAUUGAGCGUGAAGCGAAAGAUAUUACCUAUUUUGUUAUUUUACUCAUAACACGAGUCAAAGAUAGUUCAGCAAUAUCCAAACGAUCGGCAGUUUUGAAUCAGUGCAAUUUUGAGACAAAUUGGACUUCAUAAGAUUUUUACUUUCAGUGCGUUUUUUUAACUAGCUUUAGAUACCCAAAUUCUGAUGCAUCACUCAUUCUAAGAAUCAGAUGAAAGAAUAAUUGUGUAACUUAAGAUUGUUUUGUUUGUCCACAGAUGCAGACGAAUUGUGUCUCAACAAAGGCUGUUGCGAUGCAAGCACUCGCGCGCGCUUCACGUACCAAGCACGCAAACAGCUCGAGAACUCUCUGUCGAGCGAACUCAACAAACUGGCGGACGCUCUCGCCUACAGGGCCAACAAAGUCAAUGAUUUCUUCCAGAAGUUAUUACACAUGUCCAAGGCCGAGUUUCACGCGAUGUUCAAGAGAACGUAUGGCAUGAUCUACGAACAACACUCUUAUGUAUUUGCGAAACUCUUCGAAGAACUCGAGAGGUACUAUAAUGAAGGCGAUGUAGAGUUUGACGCAAUGAUGGACAAAUUCUUCGGCAUUCUCUACCAGAAGAUGUUCACGGUACUCAACUCCCAGUACAGUUUUGAUGAAAAGUACUUGUCGUGCGUGAACGAGCACAUGCGCGAGAUAAAACCGUUCGAGGACGUGCCGCAGAAGCUGUCGGUGCAACUGCGGCGGGCUUUCGUCGCGACGCGCACAUUCCACAAGGCGCUGCAAGCCGGCGCAGACGUCGUACGGAACAUGAUGCAGGUAAAACUUACAUCGGAAUGCGUGACGGCCUGGUCCCGUAUGCGGUUCUGCGGCAGUUGUGCCGGCGACGAUACGCCUGCGUGCAGUCGGUAUUGCCACAAUGUGCUCCGAGGCUGUCUGCCCGCGCACGCGGACCUGGGCGACCAUUGGGACGCGUAUGUCGAGGCUAUUGACAAAGUGGCUGAUAGGUUACUCGGACCUUUCAACAUAGCGAUGGUUGUGGAGCCUAUAGACAUAAAGAUAUCUGAGGCGAUCAUGAGCUUCCAAGAGCACAACCAGGAGAUAUCGCAGAAGAUAUUCGCCGGUUGCGGGAAGCCAGUCCUCGGCGGGGGAGGCGGCGGUGCCGGACCGUUCUUUGCACCGGACCGGAGUAAACGUGCCGUCCGCCAAUCGGAUUACAGCUUGAAUAGAGAUAACGACAUUGAUGAUUUUGAAAUCGAAACCUCUUUUGAGAGCGUUCGCGAUGAUCCCAGGUUCGCGUUCAGAGUUCCAGAGAUCAAGCGAGCGACACAAGAGUUGGCUGAACAGGCUAAGCUCAGGGAACGAUUUUUGCAGUACAUGAGGGGCAAUAUGGACCUUAAGGAAUACGAACAAUACGAACAUGAAAGAAGGCGGAGAGACGCCGAGCCGGAGCCGGCGGCCGCUAGCUCUGAAAUCGACUACAGAGCAUUCGAUUUUGAUGGGAAGAGGGGAUCAAAGAAGAAGAAGCCUUCGGCGAAAUCCGACGACGUUAAUGGUGCGGGUGCUAGCGGGGGAUCUGGUGGUAACUCAGAAUGGGGCGGAGCGGCGUUAGAGAGAUUGGUACGAGAGGCUCGCGCUAGGCUUCACACCUGGAGGCGGUACUGGGCGCAGCUUCCCGCGUUAUUGUGUGCUCCAGUUAGUGUCACCAGCGCGCCUUGCUUCAAUGGCACUGCUGUCGCUAGUUACACCCUAAGCGCUGCUGGGUCAGGGGCGGCCGGCCUCGCCAGCAACCCGGAGGUGCGGGGCGGGGCUCUCGGGGCCGGCGCCGGCGCCUCCGCUCGGGCGCUGCAGGACAGACUGCGCGCCCUCACCGCCUCCCUGCGCGACGCCUACAACGGGGUGGAGACCGCCUGGCGCGACACCAACACCAGUCCGCAGAUGUCGCAAUCGCGGCAGGAUCUAGUAGAUUCCGGCUCUGGAUCCGGUUCCGGCGACCGAGCCGACGAUGACGAAUCAGACGACGAUGAAGAUUACGGCGAGAUUGGUUCAGGCCAUAUACCAGAAUUCGAGGAGCCAACAGAAACGGAACGGGAACCGGAAACGGCGCCGCCGCAACCGGAAACACCUUUCGUGCCCAACGUCAUUGACGGGCCCGGCACCAACAACGUCAAUGUUCGAGGCCGCAUCGCCGACGACAUUAUCCCAGUAGAUACCGCGGAUAGCACCGCCGAUAUCUCCCCGCAAUCCGCGGAUAAGCCCCAAGAAUCCGCACCCGUGGACAGAACGCUAACGGGCUCAGCGCAAAGGCCUUCCUUACAAAAGGCUCUAUUCACGUACGCUUUGCCCGUAGUUUGCGCAUGGUUCGGUACCAUAGUUACGGAUCUGUUUUAA